CCACCUGUGUUGUUUUUUUGUCUUGUCAUGUGGAUUAGUUAAGUGUUUGUGGCGUUAACUUGGAUGAUGAUGGUGUUAUGAUUAGGUAGUUCCAUUACUUAUCAAGGGUAGUAAGCUCUUGGGUUCUUUCAGUUUCUCGGGGUUUAAUGGAGUCGUAAGAAGGAGUGUUUGUCAUUGAGGUGGUGCACUUUCAUAAUCGGCCAAUUAAUGAUGGAAAGGUUCACCGUGAUCCCCGUUCAUAUAGAUACUCACCCUGAAUCAGACGGUGUGAGACCUGCUGCUAGCGACCCAGAAGUGCCUCUAAGGACCGCCGUGCCACAGACAAUUGAGCUCAAAGAAGCGCGCAAGUUAUCCACAGGUCAUGGUGACGAAAACCAUCCUUUCUUGAACAAUGUUUCUGAUGCAAAAGGGAAUGAGCUUUGUGAUAAAAAUUUGGCCUUGUAUGAGGAGGAACUGGAUGUUCGGCCAAAGGUAUCUUCUCUUCUCAGCAAGUUGGUUAACUACACAAACCUUCCACAGGGGUCUAGAGAGCAUGAGGAGGAGGAACAGAUGGGAGGACAGUCCAGAAAGAAAGUUUUACGUGCCCCUCGUAUGGGUACCAUGAUGGGGGUAUAUCUUCCAUGCCUGCAGAAUAUUUUGGGUGUCAUUCUCUUUUUGCGGUUGCCAUGGAUUGUUGGUACUGCAGGAGUUCUUCAGGCCUUACUAAUUGUCUUAAUGUGCUGCUGCUGUACACUGUUAACUGCCAUAUCAAUGAGUGCUAUAGCAACAAAUGGUGUUGUUCCAGCUGGUGGUUCCUACUUCAUGAUUUCCCGAUCGCUUGGCCCAGAAUUCGGAGGCGCUGUUGGACUGUGCUUCUAUUUGGGAACUACAUUUGCUGGAGCUAUGUAUAUUCUUGGUGCCAUUGAAAUUUUGCUGAAAUACAUGGCUCCUGAAGCAGCCAUUUUCCAUUCUUCGGAUGCUGCUGAUGAUACUUCUGCAAUGCUUAAUAACAUGAGACUUUAUGGGACCAUCUUCCUCACCUUUAUGGCGCUCGUUGAAUUUGUAGGCGUUAAAUUUGUCAACAAGUUUGCUUCUCUGUUUUUGGCAUGUGUAAUACUAUCAAUACUUUCUAUCUACGUUGGAGUUAUCAAGUCUGCAUUCCAUCCUCCUACUUUUCCUAUUUGUCUUUUAGGAAACAGGACACUGUCAAGACAUCAGUUUGAUGUUUGUGCCAAGACUAUAGUUGAAGGUAACACAACUGUUGCAACCAGGUUAUGGGAGCUCUUCUGCAAUACCACAGACUUAACAACUGACACGUGUGACAAUUAUUUUGUCUACAAUAAUGUUACAGAAGUUCAAGCGAUUCCAGGCCUCGGCAGUGGCAUUUUAAAAGACAACCUCUGGAGCACUUAUAAGGAGAAAGGAGCAUUCCUGGAAAAGCCAUUUGUGGCUGCUGUUGAUGCAUGGCCCAAGGAAAAUAUGAAUUUUUAUGUCUUAACAGAUAUAACCACCUCCUUAAUGGUACUACUUGGAAUUUUCUUUCCUUCAGUUACUGGUAUCAUGGCUGGCUCCAACAGAUCCGGAGACCUAAAAGAUGCACAGAAGUCUAUCCCAGUUGGCACAAUUUUUGCUAUUGUUACUACUUCACUUGUAUAUUUCAGCAGUGUUGUGUUGUUGGGUUCUUGCGUCGAAGGUGUUGUACUUCGAGAUAAGUUUGGAGACACUGUAAAUAAGAAUCUGGUUGUAGGCAUCUUGUCGUGGCCUUCGCCUUGGGUUAUUGUUAUUGGCUCAUUCUUUUCAACAUUUGGAGCUGGUUUACAGAGCUUGACUGGAGCACCACGCUUGCUCCAAGCUAUAGCCAAAGACAACAUCAUUUCUUUCUUGCAGGUGUUUAGCCAUGGAAAAGCAAAUGGCGAACCAACAUGGGCUCUUCUUUUUACGGUAUUGAUGGCAGAAUGUGGAAUACUUAUAGCUUCCCUGGACAUGGUUGCACCUAUCCUAUCAAUGUUUUUUCUGAUGUGCUAUUUGUUUGUUAACCUGGCUUGUGCAUUGCAAACACUCCUGAGAACUCCCAAUUGGCGUCCAAGAUUCAAGUAUUAUCACUGGGCCUUGUCAUUUCUAGGAAUGAGCAUUUGUCUUGCCCUGAUGUUUAUCUCUUCCUGGUAUUAUGCUCUUUUGGCCAUGUUUAUUGCAGGCAUGAUUUACAAGUACAUCGAAUACCAGGGUGCUGAAAAGGAGUGGGGCGAUGGCAUUCGUGGACUUUCCCUAAGUGCUGCUCGUUAUGCUCUGUUGCGAUUGGAAGAAGGUCCCCCUCACACAAAGAACUGGCGGCCGCAACUCUUGGUGCUAAUGAAACUAGAUGAUAGUCUACAUGUGAGAUACCCUCGACUACUGACAUUUGCCUCUCAACUGAAGGCAGGCAAAGGUCUAACAAUUGUAGGAUCUGUUAUAAAAGGGAGUUUUCUGGAAAACGUUGCAGAAACUCAAGCAGCUGAACAGACUAUAAAGAACAUGAUGGAUAUUGAGAAGGUGAAGGGAUUUUGUCAGGUGGUUAUAGCAAGCAAGGUUCGAGAAGGGAUUUUUCAUUUGAUUCAGUCCUGUGGAUUGGGUGGCAUGAAACACAACACAGUGGUAAUGGGAUGGCCAUAUGGUUGGAGACGGAAUGAAGACCCAAGAUCCUUGAAGAUAUUCAUUGAUACUGUACGCUGUGUUACAGCAGCGCAUCAGGCUUUGUUGGUGCCCAAGAAUGUCUCAUUUUACCCUAGUAAUCAUGAGCGUUAUCUUGAAGGAAGUAUUGACGUGUGGUGGAUAGUUCAUGAUGGGGGCUUGCUUAUGCUACUUCCUUUUCUUCUCAAGCAACACAAGGUCUGGAAGAAGUGUAACAUUCGGAUUUUUACUGUAGCUGAGAUGGACGAUAACAGUAUUCAAAUGAAAAAGGAUCUAAAGAAAUUCCUUUAUCACCUCAGAAUAGAAGCCGACGUGGAAGUUGUUGAAAUGCAAUCCACUGAUAUUUCAGCUUAUACAUAUGAAAGGACACUUAUGAUGGAACAGCGAUCUCAGAUGUUGAAGCAGAUACGACUAACCAGAGCUGAGAGGAUGAGGGAGGCUCAGCUGAUCAAGGACAGGCAUUCUUUAGUACGAAUGGGAAGUCUUUAUUCAGAUGAAGAAGAGUGUACUGAAACUGUGGAAACAAUUCAAAUGACGUGGACAAAGGAGAGGUGUGAGAAGGAGAAGGAGUAUAGAGGCAGAUCGCAUUUCGGAGAUCUGAUGAGCUUGAAACCAAACCAAUCCAAUGUUAGAAGAAUGCACACAGCUGUAAAAUUGAAUGAAGUAAUUGUUGAAAGAUCCCAUGAUGCCAAAUUGGUUCUGUUGAACAUGCCAGGCCCACCCAAGAACGUUGAUGGGGAUGAGAAUUAUAUGGAGUUCCUAGAGGUUUUAACUGAAGGUUUGGAACGAGUACUGCUCGUUAGAGGUGGAGGCCGUGAGGUCAUUACUAUAUACUCCUGAACUGUGCAGUCCAGCCGAGCAGUCUUUGUGCCCAUGAGUGAUUGUGAUGAACAUUCCAAAUUUCAAUGCCAAAAUGCCUGCAGUAUUAAUUUUAUUCUUCUUAUAGGCUACUGCUGUAAAGAUGAUUAUCAAGCUGAUAACAGGGCACAUAUGGUGGUACUUGGAUUUCAUUCUUUGCUAAAUGAUGAUAACUUCAGGAUCACACUUCUUCCCCUAAAAGUCAAAACAUUCUCUGGACAGUUUAUCUCUGAUAUUAUGGUAUAUAUAGAUGCAAACAAAUUUAAGUUCUUCACCUUUUGAAUUUAAAUUAUUUGUGGUUUCUUCUUGAGUAAUAGCCGUGUUUGUCUGGUCUGUGAGUGAAUAAAACCAGUGAUGUACUGUGAGUGCAGUUAACUGGUUGUUUCAGAAGCUAGAGGGUUAUGAAUCUCCUGUGCUGCCAAGGACCACUGAAGAAUUCCUUUAUUAUGCAGUGAGACCUCAUAGUCUGAUUAUAGUUUUAUUACAGAGUAUCAAGUAUAGUGUGACAGCAUCCACAGAAUUCAGCUGUAUUACUGCAAUUACCGCAGAGAUGAAAAUAUGAAAUCUGACUCAUUAAAUUAGUUGUAUUUCUGCCUGUACUUUCUUGGCGCAUGCACACCACCAUUUAGCAGUUACAGUAGAAGACUCCAUGCAUUUACAAUCUGCUGAGCCUUUUUUGGUUGUGGUAAGUACACCUAUGGUUCAGCAACACAACACCUUUAAUCUCUGUGUUGACUAGUGUUAAUUUUUCAUUAAGAAUUUGUUUUCCAUUGUUAUUGAUCCAUGUAUGCAAAUAUUUCAUGGAACACAAAUAACACCUGUUUAGGUGCAGUUGGAUUGUUUACAAGGAUAUCUGCUGUACAAGGAGGUGGUCAUAGUUCUUUCCUGUAUGCUUCAUAAAGCAGCAAGUUCGUAACAGUUUGUGAUAACUGAAAGCGAAUUUGUUUACAAUAUAGUGAUCACGUUCAGAUUCCAGUAAGCUGCUUGAGUAUAUGAGCAAUGGUGUGUUAUACCUAGACUUGUUCAGAUUUGGCCAUUGCUUCUGUCGUGGUGACUUGCAUUUAAAUAUGGAUAUCACCCAGACGCCUCUGUGUUAUAUUGCCCAAGUACUCAGGGUAAUAAAGAAGCUGCCCGGUCUGUACAUUUUUAUACAUUCCUGCUGUGUAAGAGAGCAGUGCUUUUUAUCAUUUCAUAAAUUAGUUCUUUCUAGAAUAGGGAAAUGAGUAUUUUUCUUUUGUUUCAGUCGGCUGCAUUUCCUUCUACAGCUGUUGCACCUACACUUUAUGAUAUCUGUUAUAUUGUUAUGGUCUUUAGAAGGUUCAGCUCCAUGAAUAUAUUUCCCACUGAACUGCAGAGGCAAUCCAUUUGUAAUUUUUUCAAGAAGUGUUUUCUGUGAAACAGAACCUGAAGGUGAUCUUCACUUGGUAUAUUUUUUCAGUAUUGAGGAAAAUAUGGUUUGUGCAUUUUAAUGUGUUUCUUGUAGAACAUUCUAUUUUUAAAGUAGUAUACUGGCAUUUGUAUGUAGUGGGCGACACAUUUUAUCAGCUACGUUUUGAAAAGACUUGAUUCUUUGAUUGAAUAUUCUUAUUUAUUUUUAUAUUUAUUUGGUAGGAUCUUAAAAUAAACCAGAGCAUCUUUUA